AUGUCGGAUAAUCGACCAACAUAUGAUAGCUCUUCAUCAGAUGAAGAGCCUAGUAAUCACUUUCAUAUUCAAUUACCUCAGCGACAAUUAAACUUACAAGAAAUCAGAAAGCAAAACUAUAAAAAGCAUGAAAAACCCACCAUUGCUAAACAAACUGCUAGUAACCUAGCAAAAGCAAAGAAGAUAACAGCCGGCAGCAAUCAUAAAUUUGGUAACAAUAAUGAUAAACAUUUGAGGAACUUGUCUGCUGCGACAAAUAGAAGAAGUCUCAUCUCACCCACAUCCUCAACACAUGUCAGUUCAGACGAUGAUGACGAGGAUGACGAUUCCCCUUUUCAUGACGGCCAGUUUAACGAUGACAAAAAUUUAAAUGUUUUUGAUAACACAAAGAACAAUUUAUCUCAUUUUCAGUUCAACGCAGAUGGAAUUAAACCCAAAUCUUUACAUGGCCAAGGUGACGACAGUAGUGACGAUGAUGGCAACGGUAUUGACGACAUCGAAGAUGAAACACAUAGUGACUUUGCUGUUUUGAAUCAAAAUCAUCCUCCUCAACAAUAUUAUGAAACAGAUUCAUCUGACGAGGACGAAGAAGAAGAGGAAGAAAAUAACAAAGUGCCAAAAGCAGUGCACAAGACGUAUUCAAAUGCUUCAUCGGGUCGUUCAAGUCGCAUCUCAAGAAAAAAAUCAAUGAGUGAGACUACUGAUACGCGAGCACCAAUAUCCCCAAGAAUGCCUUCUAUGGGAAGGAGAUCUACAAGCUCGAAUCGUUCCAGAGAAAGUACUGGUAGGAGAAGUACCACGUCUGGAGACACCAACAUUUCUGGUUCUGGAGGAAGACUCAAGGGAAUAUUAAGAAAAAUGUCAUUAGUUGAUUCUACUCCAGUCGAUUCAAUGAACCAAGACAUCUCCCAUAGCGAUACAUUUUUAGGUCGUGUUUUGAAUUUUGGGACUAAUCAAGGGUUGAGCGGUGGUGGUUUAGCACCGGGCGCUUCCAGAGUGAUUAAAGAAGAAGAUGAAAGAGGGUGGAACCUUGAUGAAGAAAGAAGAGUAGGUUUUGCUGCUCAUGAGAAUGACCGUGAUGCCUUCGAAAUGCAACCCUUAAAUUUCGAAGAUUUAAGUGAAGAGGCAAAACAAUUGAUUCAGCAACAUGUCCCUGGUGCUGGGACCAAUAGCUUAAGUCACUCUCAGCAAUCGAGUGCUGCCCCUAGCACUGAAAUCUCUCCUAGUCAAAGUCCAAGUCAACAUUUACUCAAUGAAAAGAUAAACAAUAAUAAAAACAACAAACAAUCCACAGCGGCAGAAUCAUCAUCUUUAUCUUCCUCUCCAGGGGUGGAUGAGGAGCUAGCACAAAGACGUGCAUCAGAAGAACGCAAAAAAGCUGAAAACCCAUUUUACACACCUAAUCCGGAUUUAUUUUUACGCGGAGCAAAUCCCAACAAUCAAGAGCUCCACCAAGCACCCAAUGACUUUCUUCAUGAUAUGGAUGGUGACUACAUUGCGCCACCCAAACAAGUUCAAGCUGGGGUUUUGUCAUCGUUGUUAAGAUUAUAUCAAAAUCCACAGGAACAAAAAUCUGCCAGCUCCUUGAGCAGAGUAAGCACUGGUACAACUGGCACAGCAUCAAUUGAUGAUAGUUAUGAUUCAGACGAUUAUAAAGACUUCAAGAGCUCCCUGAAUGUUGACUUGCAACACAAAUUAAAGCUGGGGAUUAAAGGAGGCUCCAAAGCAAUGUUUAAUAAGGCAGCUCAAAAACUCAAACAUCAUUCGCAUACUCGUACCAACACUGUUGAAACUCAAGGCUCGUCAAACCUGGAGGAGUUUUCCAACGAUAAAUUUGAGUUAUCUAAUGGUAAUGACGAUGAGAAUGUAAUGAACACCAAUUUACCAUCAUUCCAAAAUGCUCGUCCAAAAAUGCCCAAGAGAAAGACAACAGAACCAGUACAAAAGUUGAAAAAAUUGAGACAUAAGCAACGUGCCGAAAGAUUGAGAAUCACGGUUCACAUUGCUGAUAUAUUGCAACGUCAGCGGUUUAUUAUGAAUAUGUGUCGAGCCUUGAUGUUGUUUGGGGCACCAACCCAUCGUUUGGAAGAAUAUAUGGUUAUGACGUCAAGGGUCUUGGAGAUUGAUGGGCAAUUUAUCUAUUUUCCUGGAUGUAUGUUAAUUUCAUUUGGUGAUGCUGCCACAAGAACCUCUGAAGUCCAUUUAGUUAGGUGUGCCCAAGGAAUCAAUCUAUCUAAAUUGGCCGAUACUCAUAAGAUUUAUAAAUCGGUGAUUCAUGAUUUAAUUGGGGUUGAAGAUGCUUCCAAAAAGCUAGAUGACUUAUUGAAAAGCAAAAGUCGAUACCCACCUUGGUUGUGUGUUUUCUUCUAUGGGUUGGGCUCAUUGGCUGUGACGCCAUUUGCUUUUGAAGGCGGAUGGCUAGAUUUACCUAUAUCAUUCGGUGUUGGGUUGUGUGUUGGGUAUUUGCAGUUUUAUGUCUCAUCCAUAUCCAAUUUGUAUUCGUCAGUGUUUGAAGUAUCAGCAGCCAUUGUGGUGGCUUUCAUUGCUCGAGGAAUUGGGUCAAUUAAAGGUGGAAAGUUAUUUUGUUUCCUGGCCAUUGCUCAAGGUUCAUUGGCGAUUAUCUUGCCGGGGUAUAUUAUUUUGUGUGGUUCGCUAGAAUUGCAGUCAAGAAAUUUGGUGGCAGGUGCCGUUCGAAUGUUUUAUGCGAUUAUUUAUUCGUUAUUUUUAGGGUUUGGUAUUACUUUGGGAGCUGCAUUGUAUGGAUGGAUUGAUCACAAUGCUACUUCGGCCAAUUCUUGUCCAGUGGGUCACGGUAUUAGGGACGAGUGGAGAAUUUUGUUUGUACCGAUGUUUGCCUUAUGUUUAGGGUUAAUUAAUCAGGCUCGGUGGAAUCAAGUGCCAAUUAUGAUUGUUAUUGCUGGUAUCGGUUACAUUGGGUCAUACUAUGCCGGGAAGCAUUUUGCUACGGUGACUGAAUUCACUGCAUGUAUUGGUGCAUUUAUUGUUGGAGUUUUGGGAAACUUGUAUUCCAGAAUCUGGAAAGGGAUGGCAGUGUCAGCGAUGUUGCCGGCAAUUUUUGUUCAAGUGCCUUCCGGUAUUGCUUCCAAGAGUUCAUUGAUAUCUGGAUUGAACACUGCUGAUCAAAUCACGAACAAAAGUAGUAGUAACGGUGGUGGAACAGUAACAACAGAUGCCAGUUCAUUGAGUUUUGGUGCAACAAUGGUGGAAGUGUCCAUUGGUAUCAGUGUGGGAUUAUUUGCAGCAGCGUUAAUUAUUUAUCCAUUUGGAAAGAAAAGGACAGGGUUAUUUGCCUUAUAG